UGACGGAAGUACAAGAACGUUUGAGGCUCCGAGCGUUUACUCUAAGAGUGGCCGAGGAAGAAGGUUGGAAUGUGGCAGCAAAAAUCCCAAAACCAAUACCUAGUGAAGGUGACGAAUUUAAGGAUUUGUUAGUUGAGGCAAGGAAACAAGCAAAACCAAAGGAAGAGUACUCCACACCAUAUAAUCGAAGGACUUGGCAAACGAAAGGAACCUUGGAGGAACCUGAAAUGGAAGUUUUGGGCGGUGCACAUUUGGCCAUGAAAGAAUUGGCCCGGAAGGCAAAAGUACUAGCAAAGGAGUCUGUGUCCCCGUUUUAUAAAGCCACAUCCGAGAAGUAUUGGAGAAUUUACGAAAAAUUUUGUAAGAGGUUCCAUGUGGAUGUGGAGGACCCACAAGAGGAUGAUGUUCUGGCAUUCAUUAUGUGGUAG